CUCAUUUUCCCCUUUUCAUCUUCUCUCAACCCUAGCCUCCAAACGCCGUCAGCCCACUGGUGGCCUCCGUCGCAUCUCAGCCCUAACUGUUACAAGAACCCACCGUCCUUGGAGAGGUCGGUCUAAGUUAUUUGAGGCUAUCUGAUUUCUGAUAUCUCCGUGAGCUAUUUGCCAUAUCGGGAUUGGUGUUGGAUUGGGAAGGUUGACUGUUUGCAAGGGAUGCUUGAAUUUCUAAUGAAGGGUGUAGUUGAGGAACUGGGUUCUCAAUGUUUGGGUGCUGCAUGCAGUGGUGUUCGUUGCAAUGAGAUCGUUCUUAUUGAAAUUAUAUGUUACUUGCUGUUGGGGUUUGGUGUGGUUUGGUGUUUACUAUUUUGGAGCUGAAAGUAAGGGGUUUGGUAUGGACACAUGGAUAUGAUCUUGGGUGCGUGGUUGUUAUGUGGACAGGGAGGAAGCGGCGGCUGUGUGGUGUUGUGGUGGUGGAAUUUCGGCAGUUCAGUGGUGGUAGGUGGUGUUAGGGAGAAUAUUAAAUAUGAGUUCAGGCAGCCAGAGCAGAAGCAGGAGCAGGAGCAGGAGCCCAUUGGAUCGUAAGAUCCGUUCUGAUCGCUUUUCCUAUCGUGAUGCACCUUACAGGAGAGAUUCACGUCGGGGUUUCAGCCGUGACAAUCUGUGUAAGAAUUGCAAACGUCCAGGUCACUUUGCUAGAGAAUGCCCUAAUGUGGCAAUUUGUCACAAUUGUGGCCUACCUGGGCAUAUUGCUUCAGAAUGCACUACAAAGUCACUAUGUUGGAACUGCCGAGAACCUGGCCACAUGGCCAGCAGUUGUCCAAAUGAGGGCAUCUGCCACACCUGUGGUAAGGCUGGACAUCGUGCUAGAGAGUGCACAGCUCCUGCACUACCCCCUGGGGACUUGAGGCUUUGCAACAACUGUUAUAAGCAGGGUCAUAUUGCAGCUGACUGUACAAAUGAGAAGGCAUGCAACAAUUGUAGGAAGACAGGUCACUUGGCACGCGAUUGCCCAAAUGAUCCCAUCUGCAACUUGUGCAAUGUAGCAGGGCAUGUGGCUAGACAGUGUCCGAAAUCCAAUAUUAUUGGCGAGCGCGGUGGUAGUGUUCGCAGUGGUGGUUACCGUGAUGUUGUAUGCAGGAACUGCCAGCAGCUGGGCCAUAUGAGCAGGGAUUGCAUGGGCCCCUUGAUGAUCUGUCACAACUGUGGUGGACGUGGACAUCUGGCAUAUGAGUGCCCGUCUGGCAGGUUUAUGGAUCGCUAUCCCAGGAGAUACUGAUGGACGACACUGAUCAUGUCCGGGCAAUAUUUUGUUUAUUAUGCUUUUACCUUUGCUUUGGAGCAACUGAAGGUUGGAAUUUAAUAGAUUACAAGGAGUGGAUUUGGAACUUCAUUUGGUAGGGAUGUGAUGAUAUUAAUGAGGAGCAUUUUAUUUUUAUUCCAUACCACUUACCAGGUAUGACUGUGCUUGUGUUUGGAUCGGAUUUUGCUGUUAAUAAAAACUGUAUGCCAAUUAUGUGACCA